AUGGACGCGCCGACGAAGCGGUGGCACCAGCCCGGCGGCACGCAACCUACAUGCCGUAAGGUCCUGGAGGAGCCCUUCCACCCCGCACCCCCUACACCUGCCGCGGCGGCGGUGUCCCCGUCCCGCCUCGUCGGUGCCAUCGUCGAGAAGGGCUUCUCUGCCGCCGCGCCCUCCUCCGCGCCCCGCCCCUCCAUUCUCCCCUUCCCCGUCGCCCGCCAUCGCUCCCACGGCCCCCAUUGGGGUCACGUGGCGAAGGACGCCUCCAAGUAUGGGGCUGGGGACGACGAGAUGGACAUGGACGAGACAGACUACCAUCCUGUGGCGGCUGCUGCAGCUGGUCCUGUGAGAAGGAAGGAGAAGAAGGGCAUGGAUUUUAGCCAGUGGCGUGGUGUGGCAGCUACGGGAAGAGGAUUGGAGGGAGGUGCUAUGCGGCUUGACAGUGGAGGAUUGGAGGGAGGUGCUAUGCAGCUUGACAGUGGAAAUGCUAGGGAAGGACCAGGUGCCGUUCUUUCGGUUUCUGAUGUGGUGUCCAAGAAGCCGAUGAGUCAGGCUGAAUCGAGAGAUGAAUUGGUGAAGGCAGGUGAGGUUAGGAAUUCGGCAUCACAAGCAGAGAGUAUGGACCUGGACGGCAGGGAGUCAUCGAUUGAAGCAGAGAUCAGUGCAGAGAACAUGGCUAGGUUGGCUGGGAUGUCUGCAGGGGAGAUUGCAGAGGCCCAAGCAGAUAUCGUAAAUAAGCUGAACCCUGCAUUGGUGGAGAUGCUGAGGCGGCGGGGAAGGGAGAAAUCUAGAGGCACGAAGGAUGUAGGUAAGGACAAGGGUCUGGAAAACUCAGGGCCGCAGAAGACCAAAAGUGCUACACCAGAGGAUUGGUUGACUGCUGGUGAACAUAGUGGGCACUCUUGGAAGGCGUGGAGUGAGAGAGUGGAGCGGAUCAGGUCUUGUAGGUUCACAUUGGAUGGAGACAUAUUGGGGUUCCAAUAUUCUCACGAGCAACAAGAUGGCAAGAAGAUGCAUUCAGAAAGUGUUGUUGAGCGUGAUUUCCUUAGAAUAGAAGGAGAUCCUGCAGCUGUUGGGUACACAAUCAAUGAGGCAGUGGCACUUACCAGGAGCAUGGUUCCGGGGCAGCGUGUGCUUGCACUGCAACUUCUUGCUUCUAUUCUGAAUAGGGCAUUGCAGAGCCUUCAUAAGACCGAUCUAAUGGAUAAUGUUAAAGGAAUGAGUUCUAAUAAAAAAUUCGAUGACUGGCAAGCAGUUUGGUCCUAUGCACUUGGGCCUGAACCAGAAUUGGUACUCUCCCUAAGGAUGGCUUUGGAUGAUAACCAUGAUUCUGUAGUUUUGAGUUGUGCUAAAGUAGUUAAUGUUGUGCUGAGCUGUGAGUUCAAUGAAUCCUAUUUUGAAUUUUUAGAGAAAGUAGGUAAUGGAAAAGAUAUCUGCACAGCUCCUGUGUUUCGUAGCAAACCUGACCUAGAUGGAGGCUUUCUUGAUGGUGGGUUUUGGAAAUACAACACCAAACCAUUGAAUAUACUCCCACAUUAUGGUGAUAAUGAUGAAGACGAAGCUGAUGAGAAGCAUACAAUUCAGGAUGAUGUUGUUGUGUCUGGCCAAGAUGUUGCUGCUGGUUUUAUGGACCCAUCUCCUGCUUUAGAAGAUUAUCUUGUAUCGGUUCUUGUAGCACUAGCCAGGCACUCCCCACAUUCUGCUGAUGCAAUCUUGAAUUGCCCAAGACUUAUUCAAAGUGUUACUAAGCUGUUGAUAAAUCAAGGAUCAAUGGAAAUUCUCUCCUCACAAAUCAAAGGGGUUACUCUCUUGAAGGUUUUGUCCAAAUACAACAGGCAAACUUGCUUGAAUUUUGUGAACCAUGGAGUUUUUCAGCAGGCAUUGUGGCACUGGUACAGAAAAGCUGGUACUAUUGAGGACUGGGUAAGAUCUGGAAAGGAAAAAUGCAAGCUUAGUUCAGCAAUGAUGGUUGAGUAG